AGGCAGUCAAGGGAACCACUUACCACCUGCUCUCCUAACCUGAAACUGUAUCAAUUCAGAAGCUUCUGUCUCUCUGACCCUUCUCAUAUCCUCGAGUCUCUCACACGCUUUGAAAAUGCAUAAAUCUUGAAUUGAAUUCUUCUCCUCUUUCUUUCUCACAUCAUCAAUGGCGGCGUGAGCUCCAUGAAAAUUAAAAAAUGAAGUACUUGUAAAAACUCUCAAUCCUUUCCUUGGUGGCCGAAGGGAGUCUCCACCUAAAUCCUCUCUUAUCUCUCUCUCUACAGUAAUAAAGAUGCCAAACUUGAUCGUGAAACUCUACAGCGUCUUCUUCAAAUAUCAACAAAAAAACCUCUUACAAACCCUUUCUCUAUCUUCUCUCACUGAUCAGAAACCUACUAACUCAUUUGGCGUAUCGUCCCGACCCCACGAAUCCAUCGCCGCUAGCAACCCUUCUUUCACUGACGGUGUAGCCACCAAAGACAUCCAUGUCGACCCCAUCUCUUCUCUUUCUCUCCGCAUUUUCCUACCCGACACAGCUAUCACUUCCCCGCUGCCUUCAACCCAUGAUUACGGCGGCUAUUUGCCUCCCCCAGGUAACUUUCACCGGAAGUUGCCUGUGAUGUUGCAGUUUCACGGUGGCGGGUUUGUGAGCGGCAGCAAUGAAUCGGUAGGAAAUGAUGCGUUUUGCAGGAGAAUCGCCAAACUGUGUGAUGUUAUUGUCGUGGCUGUUGGGUACAGAUUGGCACCAGAGACCAAGUAUCCGGGGGCUUUUGAAGAUGGGUUCAAGGUUCUUAAUUGGAUAGCAAAACAGGCUAAUUUGGCUGCUUGUGGAAGAUUGGAUUCUCAAAGCCAUAUUUUUGAUAGCUUUGGUGCUUCCAUGGUCGAGCCUUGGUUAGCUGCUCAUGGAGAUCCUUCCAGAUGUGUAUUGCUUGGGGUGAGCUCUGGUGCGAACAUAGCAGAUUAUUUGGCACGAAGGGCUGUGGAGGCUGGAAAGUUGUUGGAUCCUGUCAAGGUGGUGGCGCAAGUCCUCAUGUUUCCUUUCUUCAUCGGAAGCACUCCCACACAUUCUGAGCUUAAAUUGGCAAACUCAUACUUCUAUGAUAAGGCUAUGUGCAAGCUGGCAUGGAAACUUUUCCUACCUAAGGAACAAUUCAGCCUGGAUCACCCAGCUGCCAACCCUUUGACUGCCGGAAGACAGCCGCCACUGAAGUACAUGCCACCAACACUAACAAUUGUGGCAGAGCAUGAUUUUAUGAGAGACCGGGCCAUUUCUUACUCAGAGGAACUGCGAAAAGUUAACGUGGACGCACCUGUUCUUGAUUAUAAGGAUACUGUGCAUGAGUUCGCUACACUCGACGUGCUUCUCCAUACACCACAGGCUCGGGUAUGUGCUGAGGAUGUAACUAUAUGGGUCAAAAAGUAUAUAUCCCUUAAAGGUCAUGAAUUUUCUUAUUAAAUAAAUACAAGCCAAAACGAUAGAAAAAGAAUGGAGAGGGUAGGAGAGGAAAGAACUGCUUAAUAUAUUCAAGUAGCAGCAAGAGCUUCCAGCUGGUUAGCCUAAUUAGUUGAUUAUUUAGGACCUGGGAGGAAGGGUUUGUUCUUCUUUUCUUGUAAAUUAUCUGAGUGUUUGUCUGACAGUAGGCUUUUCAAAAUUUUCAAUGGAGUUUUUUUUCCAUUAAAUAUAUCAGGGACUUUCUUCUGUUCUUGUUUCCA